AUGUUGACCACCCUUUUCUGCAUUGCCAGCGCGGUGGGCGCCUUGGCUGCGUCUGUAGAUGCCCGUGAUGAGUUUGAUUCGUCGGCAUAUGCUGCCAAAGACGUCGUCGAGCGAGAUUUUGCCAUUAUCGGCGGAGGAGCAGCGGGGACGUAUGCGGCCGUCAGCCUGGCCGAUCGAAACAAAACCUUCACCCUGAUCGAAGUUUCGGACAGGCUUGGGGGACACACCAGAACCUUCCACGACCCCGUCACCGGGGCCAAGGUCGAUUCUGGAGUGCAGAUUCACGUCGAUACCCCCAUUGUUCGCGACUUUUUUGCCCGUUUGCGCGCCCCUCUAGCACAUGCCGAUCUUAAGGAUUUCGGCAAGCCCAGAUAUUACGACUUUGCCAGGCGAGUUGCCCUUGCCAACUACACCAGGGGCGCUGUCCAGCCGGACUAUGUAGCCGAGCUCGACAAGUAUCCCUUUGUUGAAAAUCUCAUCGACCUGCCCAACCCGGUCCCUGCCGAUCUGCUCCUCCCCUGGCCAGAAUACGUCAAGAAGAAUAAUCUCUCCUACAGCUCGGCCCUGGCCGGUCUCUCAUGGCCAGCGACCCCCGGCGAUCCAUUGGAUACCACCGCUCUCGCCAUCUUGAACGAUGGCAAUCACUGGGAGCUGGCCGCGUUUACCGGCGCUGCUGUUCGCGGUGCCAAUCACGACAACUCACAGAUUUACGUCAACGCCCUGGCCGAAUUGAAGCCGCAUGUGUUUCUGAAGUCGUCCAUUAUUGCAGCGCGGCGUGGAUCGACCCGCAAGUGCGGCGUGCAGCUCGUGGCCAACACCCCAUCCGGCAAAAAGCUCAUCAAGGCCAGACAGCUCAUCAUUGCCAUGCCGCCCGUCUUGGACAACACCAAGUAUUUCGGCCUCGACCGCCAGGAGCAGGCCAUUCUGGGCAAGCUUUCGGGCAAGUACUACUACGCGGGCGUCGUGAACAACACCGGGCUUGAGGACGACGUUGCUUAUAACAACGCCGGCGCCGACAGACCGUACCACGUCGCCAGUCUGCCCGGUGUCGUCGAGAUCGCCCCUUCAGCUUCGCCUGGGUACCACUUCUACUGGUACAACACGCUCCAGGCACAGACACGGGCUGAAAUCGAGGGCGCUGCUCGAAGCACCAUCAAGUGGCUACAGACUCAGAACAAUGUGAAGACUUUGGAGCCAAAGUUUGUUGACUUUCAGGAUCACUCACCGUUCCAUCUAAGCCCUCCAACCAGAGACAUUGCCGAUGGUUGGUAUAGCAAGAUGAAGGGUCUCCAGGGCUAUAGGAACACUUGGUAUAUCAGUGCCUUAUUCGUCGUUAGCUCAACCCAGGUCUGGAACAACACCCAGAACAUUCUUUCGGAUAUUAUCAACGCCGCUCAGUCUUAG